UCCCUGAACCUUGGGAGCGACGUGGAAUCUUGGCUCCGCUGAGGGGACCCUGAAUUCGAAUCUGCCUUCGGACAAGACCGCGGGUGAUUCACAUGCACAUUCGUUUCAGGGGCGGAGGGCCCGCUGACCGCCUGGGCCUUUGCACGCCCUUGAGUCGACAGCAGCCUGCAGCCACUGUGUACUGAAAGUGGGACCCCAGAAAUGCAGCUGAACCCGCUUGAGCGAGCCUGAGCCCUGUCCCUCAUGGCUGAUGACCAUCUCACCUUGAAGUCUGGAUUUGCGGCCAUGGAGGGGCCGACGGGCGGCAGCCCUGGCCUCGCGGAGAAGCCGGGCCCCGCGGCCGCCAGCCCCUCUCUGUCCUCGCUGGGGGCCGUCUUCAUCCUCCUGAAAUCCGCGCUGGGGGCCGGCCUGCUCAACUUCCCCUGGGCCUUCUUCAAGGCGGGUGGGCUGACCCCCGCCUUCCUGGUGGAGCUGGUGUCCCUGGUCUUCCUCAUCAGCGGGCUGGUCAUCCUGGGCUACGCCGCCUCCAUCAGCGGCCAGACAACCUAUCAGGGUGUGGUUGGAGGGCUGUGUGGCCCCGCCCUGGGGAAGCUGUGUGAGGCCUGCUUCAUCGUCAACCUGCUCAUGAUCUCCGUGGCCUUCCUCAGGGUGAUUGGGGACCAGCUGGAGAAGCUGUGUGACUUCCUGCUGCCCAGCGCGCCCCCGGCCCCGCAGCCGUGGUACGUGGACCAGCGCCUCACACUGUCCCUGCUCUCCAUGCUGGUCAUCCUGCCCCUGUCCGUCCCGCACGAGAUCGGGUUCCAGAAGUACACCAGCAUCCUAGGCACGCUGGCCGCCUGCUACCUGGCCCUGGUCAUCGUGGCGCAGUACUACAUGGGGCCCCAAGGCCUCGUUCGUGAGUCCCACCCUGCGCAGAGCCCCUCCUCCUGGACCUCCGUGUUUAGCGUCUUCCCCACAAUCUGCUUCGGAUUCCAGUGUCACGAAGCCGCUGUGUCGAUCUACUGCAGCAUGAGCAACCAGAGCCUCCCCCACUGGGCCCUGGUGUCCGUGCUGUCCCUGCUGGCGUGCUGCGUCAUCUACUCGCUGACAGGAGCGUACGGCUUCCUGACCUUCGGGACCGAAGUUUCCGCGGACAUCUUGAUGUCUUACCCAGGUGACGACGUGGUCAUCAUCGUGGCCCGGGCCCUCUUCGGCGUGUCCAUCGUGACCGUCUACCCCAUCGUGCUCUUCCUGGGGAGGUCGGUGAUGCAGGAUUUCUGGAGGAGCUGGUGCCGGGCGCGUGGGCCCAGGGCCCUGGCGGAGCCCUCGCGGCCGUGGGUCCGGGUGCCGCUGACCGUCCUGUGGGUCGCCGUGACGCUGGCCAUGGCCUUGCUCCUGCCCGGCCUCAGCGAGAUCAUCGGCAUCAUCGGCGGGAUCAGUUCCUUCUUCAUCUUCAUCUUCCCGGGUCUGUGCCUCAUCUGUGCCGUCGGUGUCCAGCCCGUGGCUCCGCGCGUCAGGUGCUGUUUGGAGGUGUGGGGCGUGGCCUCCGUGCUCGUGGGCACCUUCAUCUUCGGGCAGAGCACGGUGGCAGCCGCCCUGGAACUCUUCUGAGCGGGAGGGUCGGCCCGGCCCCACGCGGCCCUGGCGCUGCCGCCUGCGUCCGGCUGUGAGACCCGUGUCCUCGCGUCAUAAAGAUGCUGGAGAAAUGGAUACCUUCUGCCUCCUGGGGCUGCUCAUUGGGGCUUCUGCUGGUUCAGAGGGUUUGGGGGUGCAGGGCUGAGGAGGGUGUAUUCACGUCCUGGGGCCACCCUAACAAAGACCACAACGUGGGGGCUCCGAACAGCAGAGAUCUCUUCCCUUUGUGGUCUGGAGGCAGGGUUCCGAGAUCCCGGUGUGGCUGGCCGUCCCUUCCCACGUGGCUGGCUGCCCUAUGUGUCCCUCCAAAUCUCUCUCCUCUUUUUUUAGUUGAUUUUGAGGGAGAGACGGUGAGAACCGGCGGGGGAGGGGUGGGGGGGUGGAUUAGAGGGUCCCGAUCAGGCUCCGUCACGUGGGGCUGGAACUCACCAUCUGCAAGAUCGUGACCUGAGCCGAAGUCGGAUGCUUAACCGACUGCGCCACCCAGGCGCCCCCGAAAUUUCCCUCCUCUUUCAAGGACCCCAGUCAUUGGAUUAGAGCCGCCUUUUAGUCCAGUAUGGCCUCGUCUUAAUUUACUUAGGAUCAUAGGUCCUCUUUCCAAAUAAGGUCACAGUCACAGAGUCUGAGAGUUGGGACUUGACCCUGAUAUUUCUAGGAGAUACAAGUGGUAACCAAAGUAGGGCCUGAGGCCAGUGGAGCCCUACUUUGGCCCACGCUCCCCCGGGACUCAGCGAAGCGUGUGCGGGUCCCUCCGUCCCGACCCCAGCCCUGGGGUGAGGAGUCACCCCUGCUGCUGAGGGCGAGGGGACCAGGGGUCUGCCCCAGGGGCAGGAACGGGGGGGCGGGGGGCAGCUCGCGGCCCAGCUGCUCCUGCGUCGCCGUGCUCGCCGGCUCUGACCCUGCACGGGGCCUGGACCCUCCUGGAUGUCGCUGGGCUCGGGCCCCUCUCCCUCUGCCUUGGGACGCCUGCUGGGGGCCAGCGGUGCCAGAGCCACGAGGGGCCGACGUCUGAGGACCCCGCCCUCAGGCUGUGACUCACAUACUGCGAAGUUCACCGUGGCAAAGCGUACGAUCCGGUGGGUGCUAGUCGAGGCAGAGGGUUGUCCAGCCACCACCAGCUGCUGAUUCCGGUUCGUUUUUGUCACCCCGGUUUCUCCGCAGUGAUAUCGCGUAAUGUUUCCAAAUUCACCCAUUUUACAGGAGAGAGAGAGAGAGACAGCAUGAGCAGGGGAGGGUCAG